UAUUUCCAUUUCUUACAUUCUUACCAUUCUUACUGAAAGUGAACUUCAUUUUACAAUAAAAUAAUAAUAUAGACAACUAAAGGAGAUUAUUUUUCUGCUCCAAAUUAUUAAAAUUGCAAUUUAGAACGCAUUUCAUCUUAUAUUUAGCAUUUCAUAUAUAAUCAUGUUGCCGUUCGUAAUAGGUGUUAUGAAACGAUAUGCACCAAUAAUUACUCUUCCUUUUGCUGCACUUAUUGGAUUUAUUGGUUAUAAUUUAGAGGAAAGAUUUUCCAGUAAAUACACGCCUUCCACACCAUCAAUAAAUCAACAACGUUUAGAAAGAAGUUUAGAAACAAUCGUUUCGGAUAUUGAAGAUGAAAAAGAAAAAUCAAAAAAACAUAGUCCACUAGAAGUAAAUUUGUCACCUUCUCUGCAGAGGCAGAUGUUUAUUAACAAGAAUUAAGUCAGAUAUCAUCCUAUUGAUAAAUCUUGUAAAUUUACAAUUUACCCAAUUUACUUAUAUUGCAAUAUGUAAGAAUUUUUUUCUAUAAGGAUAUAGAUAUAGAUUCAAUGAUAUGAUUGCUGAAAUCGCUGAAAUUAAUGACAAACUCAUGUAAUAUAAUAAAAUUUGACAAUAUUUUAUUUUAAAAUA